AUGCCGUUGUUGUUGCAAGAUGAAGUAAAGUGGCAUCAAAAGAUGAUUACUAAAAUAGAUUUAUCUCACAGAUUCAUCAGUUCAUUGGUCACAACAAUUGUUGCGGUGAUAAGAAACCCAACUCAUCCCCCGCCUAGCCAGAUUGAGUGCCCAAAUUGCAAAUACCACAUUGAUGUUUUAUCACAGUGGCCAGGACUCCCCGUUGGUGUUAAAUUUGAUCCAACUGGUCUCGAACUGCUUGAACAUUUAGAAGGAAAGGUUGGCAGGGCACCGUCCCAUGAACUAAUAGACGAUUUUAUUCCAACCAUAGAGGAGGCUGAAGGAAUCUGCUAUACACAUCCUGAAAAUCUCCCUGGUACCAAGAUGGAUGGGAGAAAAAGUCAUUUCUUCCACCAAAUAUCAAAUGCAUAUGAUGUUGGCCGGCGCAAGCGUCGCAAGAUUAGCAACAGCGGCCAUGCUGUUUGUGAUGUGCAUUUCAGAUGGCACAAAACUGGAAAAUCCAAACAAAUCUCAGAUAAUAACGGUGUCAUAAAAGGGUGGAAGAAAAUAUUGGUUCUUCGCAUGCGUUCUAGGAAAGACGGUAUCACCUCGCAUAAAAAUACUAAUUGGACGAUGCAUCAGUAUCACCUUGGGGUAGAUCAACAUGAAAAGCACGGGGAGCUUGUUGUUUCCAAAGUCUUUCAUCAGUCAGAGAAAGAUGAGAAGCCUGUAAUGUGCCCUGUUAAUGAAGAAUCUGAUCCAUUUGCCGGGGAAAUCGAUCCUACAACCCCAAUGACAUACCCUCCGCAGCCUCGUCCCCCAAACAGUAGCCAAUCCAGAACCGAGCAGAAUCAGGAAGAGCACGCAGCGCUAUCUGGCCCGGAUGAACGCCCGUCACGCGGUGCAACCCCGGACUCCGUGUACCCUGAGAUGCAGCCUUUUUCUCCUGGCCUGGACGCUCUCCAGGGGUUGCCCGACCCCAGAACGCCUCCGGGUUUCUCCCAUAUGGCCUCUUGGUUCGCUGGAACCUCAUCGCAUUCGAAUGCCCUGGAGGAUGCACCACUGUUUGGCCUGGAUGAAUGCCUGCCACACGGUGGAACCCUGGAUGCCGCCUACCCUAACCCUGAGGGGCAGGCCCUGCCUCUUGACGCGGAGGCGCUCCAGGGGUUCCCCGACCUCGUAACGCCUCCGGAUAUCUUCCCCGAUUUGCAGUUCGGGUCGCAGGACAUCUUAUGGGGGGAGGGGUUUUGAAGCAGCGGCGCAACGAGAAGAGGCUGGUUUUUCUCAUGAUGUAGCAUGUUUUGUACUGUAUAUCUGUGCAUGAGCGAUGGAUGUCCGAGAAAAUUUUGCAUAUGAUCCUGGAGCUUGUUGAUGAGUGUAGCUCAGCUAUGUUUACUGUUUGUGGUAGUACCAGACAU